CAUUUUUUUUCCCGCAGAGUCCCUAAAAUCUCAAGGGUUUUGUAGACAUUAGUGAUCCAAAAUUAAAGAUAGCAAAAGGGAAAAUAAAAUGCCAUCGUUGCGGUCUGCUCCUCCGGCUUUUAAGUAGCAAAAGGAACAGGCGAAGUGAUUAGUGGCUGCCGAAGAAAGAGAUGGUGAGGCUCACUGCAGACCUGAUUUGGAAAAGCCCUCAUUUCUUCAAUGCCAUCAGGGAGCGAGAAUUGGAUCUUCGAGGGAAUAAGGUUGCUGUAAUUGAGAACUUGGGCGCUACAGAGGACCAAUUUGAUACCAUUGAUUUGUCUGACAAUGAGAUUGUCAAGCUUGAAAACUUGCCUUAUCUUAAUCGGUUGGGUACUUUGCUUAUCAACAACAAUAGAAUUACCCGUAUCAACCCCAAUAUCGGAGAGUACUUGCCAAAAUUACACACGCUAGUUCUUACGAACAACCGGCUUGUCAACUUGACAGAGAUUGAUCCCCUUGCAUCCUUUCCAAAGCUGCAGUUCCUUAGUCUCUUGGACAACAAUAUUACAAAGAAACCGAAUUAUAGGUUGUAUGUAAUUCACAGACUAAAGUCACUUCGGUUGCUAGAUUUCAAGAAAGUAAAAAAUAAGGAGAGACUGGAAGCAGAGAAUUUGUUUGCAUCUAAAGAAGUUGAAGAAGAGGCUAAACAAGAACCCCUGAAGACAUUCACACCAGGUGAAAUGCCAAAUGCUUUAGAACCUGCAGAGGCACAGAUACCAAAAGUGGUGGGCCCUUCACCAGAGGAACUUAUAGCUAUCAAGGCCGCAAUUGUGAAUUCACAGACUCUUGAAGAGGUUGCAAGGCUUGAAAAGGCAUUGAAGUCAGGGCAGCUUCCAGCAGAUUUGAAGAGUUUGGUUGAGAACACCAGGGCUGUUGUUGUGAAUGAAAAGGAUGACAAAAUGGUCUCCAGUAAUCCAAAUACAAGUCAAGAUGAACCAAAAACUGUGGAAGAACAGAAGAAUGAUGAUGUGGCACCAAUGGAACAGGAAUAGAUUCUGUGUUCCCCAUUUCCAGUCACUGCAAGAAUGCUUGUUCCAUUUACACUCCAUGCUGGGCAUUUGACUAUCAAAAUUUUGGAUUCUUUUAGAAUGUAAUAUGAAUUUUUAGGGAUUUUUGCACCUUGUACUAUUGUACCAAGUCUGAGUACCCCUCCCAUCUGCCUGAGCUCACUGGUGUUGAAUCUUGCAGUGCAAGUGUGCUUCUAUCUCACUCCGCAGGCCUUUCUGUUUAUCGACCAUGCCGAAUCUGCAUUGUGCUUACGUUGCUUUUGAGACGUGCAGGUUGUUUACUGGUCUACCUGAACAUUGUUAGGAAAAUGGAAGAUGCUAAACUUACAGUUUCUUUUUAACACACUUAAUUUGGUUAUGUGAUGUGAUAAAGCCAUGUCAAAACUUGGUAUGAACCUAUUAGUAUAUGAAGUAUUGCUAUAUCAUCACAGAGAAUCUAGAAAUUGUUGUUUAUCA